GGGGCGGCCCCGGACGGGGCGGGCCGGGCCGGGCGGAGCGUGCGCGGGCGCGGGGCCAUGGCGGAGCCGCUGUGGCGAACGCCGCCGGCCCGGCUGGCCCCGCCGCACGUUUACCGCAUGGCGGGGGCGCUGGGCGCCGAGCUGCGCCGCCUCUCCGCCCGCUUCGGGCCCGACGCCGUGGCCGGGCUGGUGCCGCCCGUGGUGCGGCUGCUGGAGCUGCUGGAGGCGCUGGUGGCCCCGCCGGGCGCUGAGGGGGAGGCGCCGGCAGCGCCGGCCGGGCCGCAGGAGGCGGAGGACCCGGAGCAGAGGCUGUGGGAGGCCGAGCGCCGGGAGCGAGCCCUGCACGGCCGCCUGGCCUGCCUGGAGGAGCAGAACCGGCAGCUCCUGGGGCAGCUUGCCGAGAGCCAGUCCCAGGAAGACAGCACGGCACGCAAGGAGCGGGAGGUGAUGCUGCGGCUGAAGGAGGUGGUGGACAGGCAGAGGGAUGAGCUCCGUGCCCAGGCCCACGAGAUCGUCUGCAAGAGCCGCGACACGGAGGCGCUGCAGGAACAGCUCCAUCGCUUCAUGGCCAUGAACGAGGAGCUGCGGCACAAGGUGGCCGUGGUGCAGGCCCAGCUCAAGAGUGCUCUGGAGCAGAAGUCAGACCUGGAGGCUGCGAUGCUGCAAAGCCAGAGGGAAACGAGCAGGAGGAGCAGGACAGCCCUGGAGAGCCGGCGGCCAGAGCCUGGUGUGGAGGGAGCCCUGUCACCCUCAGAGGAGCCACAGCGCCAGGAUGGGGACAGGAGCCCUGCUCACUGCUGCUUCUCCAUGGAAGAGCUGCAGCAGAUCCUGCAAGAGAGAAAUGAGCUCAAGACCAACCUGUUCUUGGUGCAGGAGGAGCUGGCCUAUUACCAGAGGGAGCUGCUGAACGAGGAGAGAAUUCCCAGCUUCUUCUUGGAUGCAAUGAAGUCAAAUAUCAAAAAACAGAGGAAAAAAAUCAGAGCUAAAAUGCUGGGAACGACGGAGGAGUCGGGGAGCAGUGAUGAAGAGGAGGGCUCCUGGCUCCCAGGUCAUGGCACAGACUGUGUGGAUGCUCAGCCUCCAGAAUCCAAAAUUAGGAGCUUUUUUGGGCUGUGGUAUCAGGGCAGCAGCAAAGACCCCCCCACAUCCAGCUGCUCUGGGACCUGGGAAAUCAUCGACUCGCUGGACACACAGCCAGAGCCAGAGGGAGAGAGCAAGGCAGGGUCCAGCUCCCCUGACAGAGCCAUGGCACCACUCUGACCCCACGGGAACAGGAGCAGGAUCUGUCCUCGCAGCAGAACUUCCUGGAUCCUCUUCUUCCAGUGGCUUCAAAAGCAGCACAGCAGCCCUGGCACUUCCCCUGUGCCGUGGUGGUGGCAAAGCCACAGCGUGGGCAGAUUCCUGCAAAUCCUGCACUGGGACAUUUGGAUGUGGGCUGCCAGCCUGACAUGGGACAGAUCAGCACUUCUGGGCAUCUCUGCCCACCAGCCACCCUUUCACUGUGGCCACAGCUUCACCUCAGAGGGGCCCUUGCAGCUGUGCCCCCUCCCCACUGCUCCCUGCUUGCAGCUCAGCGUGGUGGGGGUCUGCACCCUCCUCCUGCUUCACACCCCACAAGGGAUCUUCCCAUCCACUGGUGGCUCUUUGCAAACCCCUCUGCUCUGUGGGGAUGUUUUACCUCACCCCUUUCUGUCUGUACCUCCCCAAUCCCUGCAAUGUGAAGGUCCGGGUGGGAUGUCCCGGGGUCACCACACGGCCGGGAGGGGCUGAGCACACUGCACUGGGUGUCCGGGGGCUCCCGUGGCUGGGAGCCAUCAGGAGCAGCACCACCAGGGCCACUCCUGCACUUCUCAGGCGUGGGGUGAAUCAGUUUUGUACUGGGACUCUUCUGCCACCUCUGGGACCUGGCAGACUGGAACAAUCCUUGUGUUCAUGGGGAUGAGUCGGUCGCCUCAGAUCAAAUACUUUCUACCUUUAAUUUGGAAAUAAAUCAGUCUCUUGUUUUUCCUCUGA